AUGGAGAUGCCACCUGGGGCACUGGCUGGGAGGACUAUCACGUACAGUGGAUCCUUCCGACUGCCGGAGAAUGGCACCCACACCUUCCCAGACUCCCUGGAGCAGGCCAACACGAUGGUGGACGUGUGCUCGGGGUUUUGUUCCCAGAAGAAGUUCCCCCUGGCCAUCCUGUGGGGCUGGGAGUGCUAUUGUGCUUACCCCAUGCCUCAGUUCAGCCUCGGGGAUGCUGUGGAUAGUGCGCUGUGUGGCCAGGAACCCAAGGCACAGAGGCUGGCCCAGUACUGCGAGGUCUACCAGAUGCCCGUGCAGGACACUCGCUGUACAGACCGGCGGUUCCUGCCCACCAAGGCCAAGGUGUUUGUGGCUCUGUCGAGUUUCCUGGGAGCCAGGAACACGUGGGCACGGCACCUCAUUGAGCACGCCACUGGCUUCUACACGGGGAGUUACUACUUCGAUGGGACCCUGUACAACAAGGGGUUCAAAGGCGAGAAGGACCACUGACGCAGCCGGCACACCAUCUUCGAGAAGACCCACGAGAGGGGUCACAGGCAGAUUGAGAUGUUCGACUCGGCCAACCUGCUGAUCAGGAACCCAUACAGGUCCCUGGUGGCCGAGUUCAACCGCAAGUGUACCGGGCACCUGGGCUACAUGGCUGACCGAAACUGGAAGAGCAAAGAUGGGCAGAAGAGGGAGUGGCCAGACUUCGUGUGCAUCUACCACAUGCUGGACUGGCUGUGGUGCAAGCGGCUGCUGGUGGUGCAGUAGGAGGAGCUGCACAUGCUGCGGGAGAUGGUGGCCUUCCUCAAUGUGUCCCUGAGCGAGGAGUGUCUGCUGUGCAUGGAGAACAACAAAGAGGGCAGCUUCCGACGGUGUGGCCAGCACCCGCACUACCCUGAGCCCUUCACCCCCGAGAUGAGGGCUCUAAUCCACGGCUACAUCUGGACGGUGGACAAGGCGCUGCACGACCAGGGCGGGGCUGGGACGCCUGCACCGCCUGGACACUGCUCCACGGGGCCGGCUGCCGGACCCGCCACAGGAACCCCGCGCUCACAGACCCACUGCACGUGCCACUGCACGCUUGCGGGGACCCGCUCAGACUUGGGGACCCGCUCGGACUUGGCGACGCCAGCCCGGGUGUGUGCGCUGGGCUCCCGGUGCAGCUCUCCUGCCUCCCGCUGCAGGCUUGCUGGCCGGGGUCCUUGCCCUCUGGUGUGGGGCUGGGCGGGUGUCAGUGCUGUGGGCAGCGAGUACCGCAGCGUGGAUGUGGGCUCACGGAGGCUGCUGGACUCUGUGACCCUAAACGGCACAUCUGACGCCCUGUGA